AUGGUGCGCAGGGGUUGUGGGGCUCGCUGGGCCGCUGGGGGGCGUGGGGCUUGGUGCGCUCCUGAUGCGGUGGGUCGCGGUGGGUCGCGGCAGGCGGUGUGGGUGGUUGUGGGUCGCGGGGUGCAGCUAGGCGGUUGCCAUCUUCGAAAAGCUUACUUUAGAAUGCAGCAAAUACUGCAUAAAAAGAGAAAGCGAGAUAAGUCCCAGGUGAUUUCUGUCCUUGUAGCAGGGUCACUUCUCCUGCUACUGAUGUCAAAUCUGCUAUUGUGGGAAAACUCAAACGCUGCACAUGUAUGCAAUGGGCACUGCCAGAUGACACUUGGGAACCUGUUUGAAAAUGCAAGCAAGUUAUCUGACUACAUCAAUAUCGUCUCUUCAGAUGCAUUAGAUGCCUUUCAUCAAAAGUAUGCCUCAGGAGAGGAUUUCCUGAACAAGGUGCCCAUGAUUUGCCACAAAACCUCCUUCACUGUUCCAAAAACCAUGGAGCAGGUGUACCAGAUGGAAUCUGAAGACCUUCUGAAAAGAAUUAUCAGUAUUUUACGCUCCUGGAAUCACUGUUUGCAACAUCUAGUGAAUGAAAUGAGUGGCAUGAAAGAAGACCCUGAAAGUAUCCUAACAAAAAUCAGGUAUAUUGAUGAAAAAAUCACAAGCCUUCUGGAGAACAUUAUAAUUAUACUCAGAAAGGUUCACCCUGGAGCUUUGGAAAAUGGGGAGUACCCUGUCUUGUCAAGACUGGCAUCCUUGCAGGUGGCCAAUGAAGACUAUCGCAUUUUUGCUUUUUAUAGCCUAUUGCGCUGUCUGCACACAGAUUCAAAUAAGGUUACCUUUUAUGUCAAGCUUCUAAGAUGCAGACUUGUCCAUAAAAAUAACUGCUAA